CCAGGAUGAGAAAUGCUGCCCUCCUCACGGCCAGGGCAACAAGCCUUCGCCUCAGCCUGUUGCUUCUGCUUUCCUUCCUGCCGGACCUGCACCGAGGUGUGAGAGCCAAGGAACUGAGGUUUGUGACAUUGGUUUUUAGGCAUGGAGACCGAAGUCCUAUUGAAACCUUUCCUAAUGAUCCCAUUAAGGAAUCCUCAUGGCCACAGGGAUUUGGCCAACUCACUCAGUUGGGCAUGGUGCAGCAUUAUGAACUUGGACAAUAUAUAAGGAAACGUUAUGAAAACUUUUUGAAUGAAUCUUAUAAACGUGAACAGGUUCAUGUUCGAAGCACAGAUAUUGACCGGACUUUGAUGAGUGCUAUGACAAACCUUGCAGCCCUAUUUCCCCCCGUGGGUAUCAGCAUCUGGAAUCCCAGCCUACCCUGGCAGCCCAUCCCAGUGCACACAGUCCCUGUUUCUGAAGAUCAGUUGCUAUACCUACCUUUCAGGAACUGCCCUCGUUUUCAAGAACUUCAGAGUGAGACUUUGAUAUCAGAAGAAUUCCAGAAGAGGCUACAUCCUUAUAAGGAUUUUAUAGAAGUCUUGCCAAAACUUACAGGAUACCAUGACCAGGAUCUUCUUGGAAUUUGGAGUAAAGUCUACGACCCUUUAUUUUGUGAGGGUGUUCAUAAUUUCACUUUACCCUCCUGGGCAACAGAGGACACCAUGACUAAGUUGAAAGAAAUAUCAGAAUUGUCCCUUCUGUCCCUCUAUGGAAUUCAUAAGCAGAAAGAAAAAUCUAGAUUGCAGGGGGGUGUCCUGAUCAAUGAAAUCCUCAAUCACAUGAAGAGUGCAACUCAGCCAUCAAACCGCAGAAAACUCAUUAUGUAUUCUGCACAUGACACUACUGUAAGUGGCCUGCAGAUGGCGCUAGAUGUUUACAACGGAAUCCUUCCUCCCUAUGCGUCCUGCCACAUGAUGGAAUUGUACUUCAAGGAGGGAGAAUACUUGGUAGAGAUGUACUAUCGGAAUGAGACGCGAUAUGAACCACAUCCCCUCACGCUACCUGGCUGCACCCCCAGCUGCCCUUUGACGAAGUUUGUUGAGCUGGUUGCCCCCGUUAUCUCCCAAGACUGGUCCAUGGAGUGUGCCAUAAGCAACCAUAAAGCUGUCCAGUCCAGGGGUGCCAGAGUCCAGCUCCAGCAUUCAGGGAAUCAACCUGAAGAGAUGGGCGGUGUCGGCGAGAAAUGAUGCAGCCUCUCAAUUUUCUUGGACUGUGUAACUUUAUUUCAAGCUUAAGAUUCUUUUUAUACUUUAACAAAAGCAUUAGGUCAGAGGUUUGACAUGAUUUCAAUUUCCCCUCACCCAAAUUUAUUGUCUCCAUAAAUCAUUGUUGUCCUUCAAGCAGAGUUUCUGCUUCAGCAGUUCUCUCAGAAUAGUAUUUACUUUAACUCGUGAUUGCAUUGUAACUCGUGCUUAAGUCUGGGCUGCAUACCACAAACCUCAGCUCAUUUCCUACCUUUCUAAGUCCUGUUUGCCCCUAGUAUCCUAAGCUUACUAUUUCUUAAAAAUGGCUUCUAGCUAUUAAUAUCUCUAAAGUUCCCAAUCUCUAUAAGCUAUAGUAGAAUGUGCUAACAUUACAACAUUCCUUAAAUCUUUAGCUUCUAGCUAUUUUAAUUAUUCCUAAGCCCUAAAUUCAGCAAACUCCUUUGCCAUAAACACUUUCCUCACAA